CGAGACGUUUGACUGAGCUACCACUGCUAUCUUUAUCUGUUCGUACCAGGUCAUAUCUGCCUCGAAUGUGGUAUGCAAAGAUCUACGAUCCCAUAAAGGUGGGAUCUAUAGAUGGCACGGACACGGAACCGCACGAUGCUGCAGUGGUGCGAGCAUUGAAUGCAGAAUAUAAGCCACCGAGAAUCAAGGAGACAGACCCGUUGAAGACACUGUUCGUUGGAAGACUUGAUCCAGACACAACUGAAGAUACGCUUAAGCGUGUGUUUGGCGAAUAUGGAGCAUUACAGUGCGUUCGACUCAUGUGUAAUUUUGUCACUGGAGUGUCAAAUGGGUACGCCUUUGUGACAUAUGAACGAUCAGCGGCUGCGGAAGAUGCAUAUCGACGAGCCAACGGCAUGUAUGUGGAUGGUCGGCGAAUCCUUGUUGAUUAUGAGCGUAGCCGCGUUAUGAAGGGCUGGGUCCCUCGUCGACUUGGCGGUGGAUUUUCAGGGAAAAAGGAGAGUGGACAGCUACGAUUUGGUGCGCGAGACCGAGCGUUCCGCGACCCGAUAAAUCACGCCCGGCGUGAGCAGCAAUCAGUUGAGAUACCUCCUGAACAGCGCCGUGAUGAUAACUGGAGAUAUGACAUGCUCCCUCGCUCGCAUAGGCCGAGAGAGCACAGUCCACACCACCAUAGACGAGAAAGAGAUUCAUACAAGAGAGUGAGAUCACGAUCGCGAGAUCGACACCGUUCUCCAAGCCCGUAUCAUAAGCGAAGACGCUGAACAUUCAUUCGAAACACCAAAUACUAUCGUCCAUUGCCAGUCGUUCU